GCCCAGCUGAGGUGAAGGGGAGGGCAGAGGAUCCCAAGUUCAGCCUGCGUGUGGAUGACCUGCUCUUGGAAACACGACCAUGAUCUGAAGAGGGCGCCGCACACCGAACCCCAUUUCUCCUCUCCUCCUCCUUCUCCCUCUUUUUUUUUAUUUUUUAUUUUUGGUUUUGUUUUUAAUUCUACGCGGUGACAGCCUCUCGGCCCGGCCGCUUCCAACAGAGUCAGCGUGCACGGAGAGAACGAACUGAUCAGAGGCUUCAAGAGGAGGAAGAGAUACAACAAAACACUCACCCGUGACCUCUGACCUCGCCGCUUCCCCUGCUCCUCCCACCGCAACACCGGAAACAUGGGGAGGAAAAAGAUUCAGAUUCAGAGGAUCACAGACGAGCGCAACAGACAGGUGACGUUCACCAAGAGGAAGUUCGGUCUGAUGAAGAAGGCGUACGAGCUGAGCGUCCUGUGCGACUGCGAGAUCGCCCUCAUCAUCUUCAACCACUCCAACAAGCUGUUCCAGUACGCCAGCACCGACAUGGACAAGGUCCUGCUCAAGUACACCGAGUACAACGAGCCGCACGAGAGCCGGACCAACGCCGACAUCAUCGAG